UGCAGCCCCCGAGCCAGCAUAAACUCAUGGCGUGAUCCGCGCGGUUCAGUUGUUCCGGAAUUGUCGCGGGGACGAGGUGUCGAAGCACCUCGCGCAACCUGGUCCUCGACCUCGACCCGAGUGUAUUUCAGACUUCCGGAAGGCUAGCGCUGCAACGCUCGUCAUGUCGUGUGUCUUGUUUGGUGUACCGACUCCGAGGUGUUGUGGUAGAUAUUAGUGGCCGUGGCCCUCACAGCGUACAGCAGCUGCGGCGGUAGUUUUGUUUACCUUCCGAUGUAACGGCACACGAGUACAUGCUUGUAACUGCCCGAUUAUCGCGUCAGCCUCAACGAAUUUAUCCAACUUUAACGUAGCCGAAUUCCAUUUGCGUCCAACGAUACAUCCUCCCUGAGGAAACAUGCAGCUCCGAACGCCGAGACACGUCUGAAGCAAAAGCUCCAAGAUGAAGUGGCCUUUCCUCCUAUUGUGGCUCCUGUUGUCGCAUUCUGGGAUUCUUGAGGCACUGCAGCAUGGGUGCAAAUUUCCCGACCAAUGGAGGGGUGAAUGGUUUCAAUCGGGCGUCCUGCAAUUAGUCGCCGUGAACGAGACGACAAUCACCGGCAAAGGGCGCUGUAUCGAAGCCGACGGUGACAAGUUCCUCAUCGCAGAUCGACCUUACAACUGUUAUCGAUGCAUGGUCAUACACGAGAAACACCCGAACGUGCUCCAGUUCAAGGAAACGUUCUGCCUUCCCUCGGGGAGCGUAAGCCUAAACUCUGCUUGUGCUCAGCUCGCCGGAGACGCCGCGCUGAACUCGCUCUUCCGAUCAGGAGCAGCUCCAUCCCGAUGCCCCUUCGAGGGACCCCUGCUCUUCAGCUACAACCGUGGCCAGGGUGAAUGCUCGAAUCCACCCUCGGUGGCCGAAACCUGCACGCACGAGUCGCGGCUCCUUUUGCGUUAUCAGGCCUGCCACGAUGUUCGCGCCACCGAAAGCACAGUGGAGGAACUCGAGUGUCUGGCUACCUGGAGGGAGGGAAGCACGCGUUACCUGGUUGCACGGCUGAACGGCGAGAGGUUGACAACGGACGAGGACCGCUACAGGUGCUUCAUCUACGCCAAGAGCGGGAGGAACUCUUGGAACUUGGCCCAGAGCGGAGAUGCCACAUGCAGCGGAGUGCUCAGCGCGACCGAAGGUGCCAGGACUCUCAACAUGACGCAGAGUCGCUCGCCGGUCGGCUGUGACUUUCCGAACUGGGUUGUGUCAGCCGGAACGUGGGUCGCCCUGGACUUAGUAGCCCGGCUUUUAACCUCCCCCAGGAACCUGACGAUCCUGAACCAGGACGAGACGCGUCUCGUCUGUCACUCGGUGGUCAGCUCGGACUUCCAACCCUCAUCGAUCCAUACUGAGCGGCGAAUAACUCUAGUCGCCAAAGCGACGCGUGGCUGCACCAAUGGCUACGUGUGUCUAGUAUUUCACAAGAGGGAUGGCCACGUGAUUGAAAUGCAGCAAUCUAAAAUGUGGAGUCAGCAGGCGGAGGACGCGUGUAAAUCGAGCGGUUUCAAUCCAUUGUCAGCUCCAUACACGACAUUCAUCACGUCCGACCCGAUACCUCAGCAAUGUCCUCAUCUAGGAAGCUACAAGGUCGCUUCGUGGCACUCCUAUCACCAGAUGGACGGGACUAGGGAGAUGCUUGGCUUCGACGAGGAGCACAGCAUCGGUGAAAAUGAGGAGGAUGCCAUCGCGCAAGAGGUCAAAGUAACACCGUUACCACCUCCAUCCCCCACGCCGUGUCACCAAGACAGUGUCACUGGCCUGGACAUUGGAUGUCGGAGCUCUCAUCGCAUGGAGUUUGCAGCCUCCUGCAGGGAUGAAGCAUUUUCCGUUUACUGGUGCCAUGGCAGUUGGGAGGAAAAUGGCACAGCAUAUGUGGUUGCUAGUACAGAGGCAGCGCGCUAUUGCCUCGUAUACAGCGCAACGGCAGCGUCAGUUGGACAUAAUGACCUCUCAGUUACGAAUCAUUUCGCUUCUUGUCCGAGGCCAACUCAGCACCAUCAUCGGCAGCACAUUUGGAAGCUCAAUCUCACCGCUUACGCGCAAUGCGGCAAAGCUUCCUCCUCGUCUUCGUGGAGGUUAUUCUGGCCCAGGGAUACUUUCUGUUGGGUGAUCCUGUGCUCUUUGUUCAGCCGAUAUGUCACGAGGUGAUUGUUCGGAAUCUAGGACUCGUGGCUAACGUUAACAAUUGUAUAGUAAACUAACGAGAACAGUAACGAUAAGGAUAGCAAUCUCACAGAAGUAAAGAGAGACGUGACGUCAAUGAUCGUAGCGUGUAACUAUUACAACCAAUGUUAGGAUCGACUAUGAAAGUCAAUGUAGACGGAUACAGGCACGACUUUUCAAAGACUCAUUACUACUCUGGCAGACUCGAGGGUUUUUCAGGCUUCUACGAACAUAUGUGUAAAUAAUUACCGCCACCUUUCCCAAUCCCAUUUAUUCUACAACCAAGUCUCUCUUUCUAGAAGGGGGUGGUGCUAUACGCGUUGACAAAUAUAUAUUACUUGCCGAUCGAUCCCAAACCACAGACACAACUGGGAAAAACAAAUUUUGAAACUCAUUUCGAAACGUGUUAAAAUAAUGUAUUUCAAUUUUGUUUUUUCUAUAUUCAGGAAAAAAAGUGCUGACCUACUUCUUCUAGGUUCUUCUGAGUUCUAUGAUUUUUAUUUCAACGACCUUACGUUAAAAUUGAGUAGGAAUAACAUGGUUUUUGCAAAUGUGGUGGUUGCCUGAUAGGUAGGUAGAAUUGGCAAGGAGUCGUUUUAUUAUCCGGUACAUUUAUGCCGGACGAGAACAGUGACGGAGGUCAAGCCGAGGAAUAAUGCUUUUUCUUCGUUUUACGAUGAAUUUUACAAAAAUCGGGAAAUCACCAUACAAGUACACCAAUUGUCAUCACGAUGUGAUUGAAAGUAGAUAGAUGCGUUCAGGCUCGUUCGGUGUAACCGUACUUUGAAUCGAUGUAUAAUAAAAUAAUAAAAGGGUGCUGGGGCCAAUAAUAUACGAAUUGAGUGUUGAUUCUAUGUUGAAGUAAAACUUUAUUUAGAAAACUAUGGGUCUGCCACAGUCGUAGAGUAAAAAUGUCAGCAUUCAUUCCGAAUGGUACGUAACCAUAUAAAUAUUUGUCAAAUUAUCGUUAUUUCGAUUAUCCGCAUGCAUUUAUGCUUGCCGUCUGGUUCGUAAAUUGUUUUUUUUACUGGUACUUCGGAAAAGUCUUGAAAAAUAAAAAGCUCGCAAGAGUAGCUGACUAUGAAUCCACGUAACUAAAGCAAGAACAUUUUUCUUUAUAAAUGGAAAGUAAGUUGUAAGCAAUACAUCGAAGAUAUAUAUGCUGUAUAGGUUAGAUUGUGACAACCAUGGCGAAUUGCUGCAAUUUACAUGUACCCAUAGGUAUCAUAUCUGAGGACGAAAGAUAGUUCUAUGCUCUUCCAAAUCGUGUGUGCGUGUGUGUCAAGAACAGCAUUCAUUCAGCAUUUAAAAUAUAAUUAACUUUAAUAUUUUAUAUUUUCAAAGGUAACGAAAGACAACAAAUGAACAAAAAAUUGAAAUUAUUGUAAAAUGACAUAUCGAAAAAUAGAAGCGUCUUAUAUAAUUGCGACCACGAACAUGAAAAUAGAUAAAACCUGCUACACCCUGAUUGUUUUGGAACAGACGAAAUAGUAUAACUUUACUGACCAUCUCAAUGAAGGAAAAAUCAUGAAAUUAAACAAAUAAUGUUAAUAUACCUAGUGAGCCUGAUCGACGAGAUAUAAAUAUUUUUAACUCAAACUAUUUUACUUAAAAACUAAACUUAUACUGACAUUCACUGCGUCAUGUUAAAGCUGUAGUUACUUGGUCAACAAUAACUUUGAGUAGGUAUGAUGCCCAGUAGUUGGUGUUUGGCUAUACUUAAACAAAUUGUAAACUAUUAGCUGAUGUAAUUACAAGAGAGUUUCAUGCAAAGUUCAUACAGAUGGUCGCCUGUGACAAUUUUAUUUGUGCCUGCGCUUGGUCGCGAUGAACCAACAGAACUACUUCGACCAUGACAGCCGAUUCCUUCGUGGACUUUGAUGCCACUCUCAACUUUGUACAUAGCAUGACUCAUUAGUUAUUAUACAUAUGUAUAUAUAUACAUAUAUAUAUAUAUAUAUAUAUAUAUAUAUAUAUAUAUGUAUAUGUAUAUACACAUGUAUGUAAAGAAAGAGAGAGAGAGAGAGAGAGAGAGAGAGAGAGAGAACUUGUUAUUGAUUAAUUAUAUGUUUAAGCGAUAUGGGCAUGAUGUGUAUCCGUUCGACAGAUUAUCUAUUUAUCAUUCUUUACCGUGACGACCAAAGUUUUGCUUGCUUAUUGUAGCAACAGAAACAUACCUGUAUACCUAUGUAUUUAUAAGUCAUAAAAUUAUCAUUCUCCUUACUCUUCCACAAUUAAUACUAAUAAUAUAGCAAUUGUUCAGAAGAAUUAAAUCACAUUUUACUAAAAUGGGAUCCUUGGGUGAACUACAUUUUUUUAUUUCCGAGUAAAAACGCAUGUAAUGACUCCGCGUGACAAUCAGAUCACCUGUUGUGUACGAAUCAAACAAAUUGAAGGCAUUAUUUCGAGAAACAAAAACGUACAGACCAUGCCCAUGCAUUAUACAUGUUUCAUUAGGGUCGUCCUUAUUUGGGGUGUUUUCGAAUUUUCCUGCGGACAAGGCGGAAAAAGUUUGCAAAUAAAUCAAUAAAAAAGUACGCGAAACCGGGAGCCUGUAGGCAAACCCUAAGUACUCCCGCCAAGGCCAUGAAUUUUCCCAUUUAAUUUCAAUGGGAAUUCGGACUUACUGCACUAUUUUUUUCGCCCCCGCCUAAAUAGUAUUUUGAAAAAUCUGAAACUUGGCAUAUGUUUUUCCUAUAUUCAUAGAUAUUCUACAAAAAAUUGGGCGACUUACAACGAUGAAAUUAACAAAGUACCAGCGCAUCAAAGUUGUGUCUUGAAGUAAAAACUUACCAUUUAACGAAAUAAAUGGAUUAAUAAAUAAUAUUAAACAAUUAGAUUCUAACUUUUUCCGCCUUGUCCGCAGGAAAAUUCGAAAACACCCCAAAUAAGGACGACCCUAAUGUUUCAUAGUAGCUGGUAAGCAUAAUUUUUGGUGGACGUAAGUCGAGAACAAAUUAUGGUUUUAAGUAACUAUCCGAAGGGGUCCUAAGCGUUAGUUAAUGAUACAAUAAUUGGCGUUAUAUUUAUGUAUAAAUAUUUUUUAAAUUCUAAUACAGGGAGCGGUCCCACAUUGGAGACCAUAAAUUACAUGAAGGUAUGCACGCUGUACAGAUAUUGUGCAUGUGAGAUAUGAUUAACUUUAUAUAUAACAAGAUUUACGAUUCUUGCAGCAGUUCUUCGUGAUGUUAGGUACGAUAUAAUAUAUAUAUAUGCAUGUAUAUAAACAUACGUAAUAAGUGUUAUCUCGCGGCUUAAGAAUGAAAUUUAUUGUUUCAUCGAUAUAGAAUCGAAAUUAAUAGCACGAAACCACUGAAGUUGAGUUAUGUAGUUUUGGUGAGCAACUCUGUAUGUAUGGUAAAUGCAGUAUUAUUUCACAAAUUUUUCAGAUCCCGUAACCAUCUUUUGAUUCUGUUUCGUUUAUCUAGAUCGCUCGACGAUUUUGAUGUGAUUAUUUGCUAUGAAAUAUAAUAUGUCAUCUUAAAUUUUCACAUUAUCGAAUAUGUCGACUGCAACUUCAUUUCGGUAUGUCAUAGUUAAUUUUUUUUCUUCUCGAUUUACAAUUAGUUCGACUUUGCGGUUAUUUUGGGUCCUUAAUUUGAGAUAUGGUUCGUGUACUCAUCCUAUGCAAGAAUAAGUUUUCAAUUUCUCGGAUAGACUCUGAUAAAGUAUAAUAUUCCCGAGUGAUCUAUAUUUGAACGAGUCUGUGAUCUGAGGAGUUACUAACCUUUAUUUUCAUACAGAACGAUUAGUUGAUCAUUAUGGACCAGAUCCCAGAUUAUUUUUCUAUAAUAUUUUGCAAUAUUCCCUAGAUUGGCGUAAUUAAUUUUCUAUGAGAUUUAUGUUAUACAUUACAUAACUCGUGACUAUUUUGCAGCGGAAAUAAAUAUAGCUAUAUUUAUUACGUCUGACAAUGAUCUUCGGCAGUGAACAAAACAAAUGAAUUGCUAUUAGAAAUGUAGUUCGACACACAACGACUCGAUCGAUUAUAGCCCUAGGUAUUAUAUUUGGUGGUUUUUACGAUAUUUGAAAAGAAAAUAAAGAGCAAAAAAAGGUUAUGACGGUUUGAACGAA